UUUUCCCCUUUCUUCCCUUAUUUUUUUCUUCAUUCUCCGCUCUUCCUUUUCCCCCAAACUUAAUGUGGUCACUAAUAACCAAAUUGACUCCUUUAAAAUAAAAUAAAAAUGAUUUUAUCCAAGGUUCACAUGGCACCCAUUUUUCUCUUUCUUGUAUGCCAUAAUUGGCAUGGCACUCGGCAUGCUCUGGUUUUCGGUACAUGGGUUUUGUGAUGGGCUUUCUGUAGAUGACGUAGCAUAAGUCAAGGGCUCAUGGAUCCCCUAACACUAGAUACCCAAAAUCAGAACCAAAAGACUCAAUUAAUCGGGCUUGCUCAUUGACUCCUCCAUCUCAGACUAAAAGGGUUUUGGUUUUAGAUGCCGGCAUAAAUACAGCACCACUGUCUCUCAAUAACCAUUUCAAAGCCUCUCUUCAUUUUUUUCCUCCAACAUUUCUGCAGCAAGGUGAAGAUUUGAGCCUCUGAGGGAUCAAAGCAUCCAUGUCCAGCAAGAGGAUUUCGGUUCUUACCUUUAACUCUCUCACCGCUUUAUCCAAUGUACGAUAUUUCUCUGAUUCGGCCACAUAUUUCAAUAAAUUUCUCAGCACUGCCACUGAAAGAUGGGAUUUUCAUAGCCAUGAUAGUGCAUAUGAUACCCCAAAUCCCAUAGGGUAUGAGCAUAAACAAAAUGCUCAAAAUGAUAUCAAUAUGCAGAAUCAAGCAGAGUCGUAUGGGAAGGGGCUUAUGAGACAGAAUCAAAAUGACCUUAACUUACAAAGAUUUCCAGAAUCUCGGGGAAGCCUGAAUGAGAAUUUUAUGCACAACAACUGGCAAUUUCAGCGAAGCCAAAGUGAUCAGCAUGUUCCAAAUUUCAGUCAGUACCAGCAGAAUCCACAGGAUAUUUAUAAUGCUAAUUCUUAUGGUGAAGUAUCAGCUACUUCUAAUCCUGAGGGAGAUUCAACUGAUGUUUCUGAAACUAUGUCAAAUAAUGCUACGGUCGAGAUGCUGGAUAAAUUUUUCAAUAAAGGGAAUGUUAAAGAAGCAGUUGAAGUUUUGGGGUUGAUGGAAAAGCAAGGUGUUCAUGUGGAUUUGGCCCGAAUUUUGCUGUUAAUGAAGGCAUGUGGGGAAGUAAAAGCUUUACAAGAGGCAAAAACUGUUCAUGAACACAUCAAAAGAUCAUUCUCACCUCUUAAAAUAAGCAUCCAUAAUAAGAUUUUAGAGAUGUAUUCAAAAUGUGGUUCUAUGAAUGAUGCAUUCGAUGUAUUUGACAAAAUGCCCAGGCGCAAUCUGACAUCUUGGGAUACUAUGAUAACAUGGCUUGCUAAGAAUGGGCUAGGGGAGGACGGCCUUGAUCUAUUUUCUCAGUUUAAGAAGUUAGGGUUGAAACCAGACGCUAAAAUGUUCAUUGGAGUGUUCUCUGCUUGUGGUGUUGAGGGUGAUAUAAAUGAGGGAAUGUUGCACUUUGCGUCAAUGAGCAGUGAGUAUGGCAUUGUCCCAUCCAUGGAGCAUUACCUGGGUGUUGUCGAAAUGCUGGGGAGUACAGGACAUCUGGAUGAAGCCUUCGAAUUCAUUGAAAAUAUGCCAUUUGAGCCCAGUGUUGAUGUGUGGGAAACUUUAAUGAAUCUCUGCAGAGUUCAUGGGCACUUGGAACUUGGGGAUCGUUGUGCUGAGCUUGUGAUGCAGUUAGAUCCCUGUCGCUUGAAUGAACAAUCAAAGGCAGGCCUCAUACCUGUGAAAGAUUCUGACCUUGCAAAACAGGGUGAGAAGAAGUUGGCAAGUCAAAGUCCUCUUGAAGUCAGGAGCAGGGUCCAUGAGUAUCGUGCAGGAGAUACAUCACAUCCUGAGAAUGACAGAAUAUAUGCACUGCUAAAAAGUUUGAAAGAGCACAUGAAAGAAGCUGGUUAUAUUCCAGAGACGCGGUUUGUUUUGCAUGAUAUAGACCUGGAAAGUAAGGAAGAAGCUCUUCUUGCUCAUAGUGAGAGACUUGCUCUUGCUAAUGGUCUCCUCACUACUCCAGCUCGUGGACAGAUUCGCAUAAUCAAGAAUCUUCGUGUCUGUGGCGAUUGCCAUGCUGCAUUUAAGAUCAUGUCAAAGAUUGUUGGCAGAGAGAUCGUAAUGCGAGAUGCUAAGAGGUUUCAUCAUUUCAGCGAAGGCUUAUGCUCUUGUCGAGAUUAUUGGUGAUUAAAAUAAAACUUGAGAACAUCCAAAUGCUUCAAACUCAGUAUAUCUCUACCAGUCAGCUUUACAUUGGUGGCCUCUGACUCUUAAGACAGACAGGGAAAGCUGCUAUUGUGAACCGGCUCUCAACAGAAACCAAAUGUGAAAGGAUUGAUUCUUUCCAAAGAUGAAGUUAGAAAGAAACUGAGAGAAGAGAAAAAGGGGGAUAGAUGGGUAUUAAAAAAUGCAGUGCUAAGUAGACUGGAGGGGCUCUUGGUUGAGGAUGAAUUUUCUUCAUGUGAGAGGCCAAUUUUAGUGCUAAGUAGACCUGAUUCAAGGCUCUUUUAUCUGCCAGGCACCAAUAAAUGGAAAGUUUUUAAUGGACAGUUCCUUUUGGAAAGUUGAUUCCAUUGGUUACCCAGUGACUGAUCUUUUUAAGUUUGAUCUAGGCUUAUUAUGUGACAAAAGAUAAUGAGAUAGAAUAAGAAUGAUAAAAAGAACUGUUGAAUAUAUUGUCAUUUUACGCCAAUGGAGAUUCUCUCUCACUUUUUGAACUCAUUAAUGAUAGCUUUUUUUUUUUUUUUUUGUA